AUGCGAUGGUUAAAUGAUAUAUUUGAACAUAAUUGUAUAAUUACAAAUUUAUUAGAUACAUUUAAUAAACAAACAAUAGCCAUUUCACAAUUAGCUAGUAGUAAAAUGUUUACAGGAACAAUUUAUUUAGAUGAUUGUGAAUGUGAACAAAAUGAACAAAUAUCAAUGGCAUCAUUAUUUCAUUCUCAUAAUGGACAAUUAAAUUUUGAUUUUAAUUAUAUACAAUCAUAUUUUAUACGAUGUUAUUUACUUGGUCAUAUUAAAAUUAAUUAUCAUGAUAUUCAUCAUCAAUAUAUAUUUAAUAUUGAAAGAAAGCAAAAUUUAAAUGAUAAUAAAGUGUAUUCAAUUGACAAUGAUUUAUUUUUAAAUAUAUUAGAUAAUGAACAGUUCGAAGAAAAUAUAAAUUAUUUAAAUAAUAUGAUACUUGAUAAACUCUAUGAUGGAAUAUGUAUUUUAAGACAAAUAACAUUAGUGAUCAAAGAUGAAUUAAAACGUGAUAUGAUAAAAAUAGAAAAACAAAAAGAAUUAUCAUUAAUGCCAAUUUAUACAUUUAGUUUAAAAUAUGGAGGAGAAGAUAUAAAUAUGUUAGAUAUAAUGUAUCAAUGUGAAAUACAAAAAUGUCACCUAUGUUAUAGUGAAUAUAUUCGUCAAUUAUUUGAAAAUCGUAUUAAAAGAUACGAACAUUUAUUUAUUGAUACACAUGAUCAAUUACGUGUACCUAUAGAAGAUGUUUCGAAAGAUAAUUUAGAGAAAAUACUUGAAACAAUUAUGAUGGAAGAUAUAAAAACAACCAUAUUAACAAUAACAAAUUUACAUAAUGAUUUAAAACAAACUGAAUACCAUCCCUUUCAACAAUCAUCAUUAUCGUUAAUAACUGUGUGUAAUUCACUUUGUAUAGACAAUCCAUUAUUAGUAUUUUUAACAGAUGAUAUUAAAUGUGAAAAUUAUAUGGCUAUAUGUGUCCUUUUUAUACAAUUACACACCCAAUUAAUGCAAAAACUUAUUUGA